AAAAGUCUACAGUUUUCUUUUAAGUGAUAGGGUAUAGCUUUUUGUUUAUUUUAUUCAAUUCAUGUAUGUAUUAUUAUGCGAGCACUAUGAGUUCGAAAAUGCGUUGCUAUUAUGUGCUAUCUGUUUGCUCUGUUGAAAUGAAGUAAUUAAUCUCGUCAGCGUUCAACACGGCGUAUGCGCAAUGCGAGCUUAACUCACACAUGGAUGAGCAGAGAGUGAGCAAAUGAUUUAAUUUGAACGUAAUUGGUCGUCUAAGCACAGCAUAUAGAACUGAAAUAUAGAACAUUCGGACCAGUUCAGUUCACAGUCGUUGCUAUUAACGUUCAGUUAUCAGGUUCCAAACACAAAAUGCUUCUGCGGAUGACCCAGUUUCUCUGCCUCGGGGCACUCGUAUUGCUAAGUCUUAUGCAACUUACGCAGGCAGUGGCCACUCCCAAUAAUAAUAAUAAUAAUAACAAUGUUAAGCCAAAGGCUGUGAUUGAAGUGCAGCCUGGAAACCCAUCGGGAAACAAGCCUGCAGUUGCCACAACUACAAUCAAACCACAGAGAAUCGUACCAGAUCCCAAAUGCCUGCAGCCCUUGGAGGUUGGUCCAUGUCGCAUGAGCCUAGAAAGGUUCUACUACAACAAGGAUAAAAAAGCCUGCGAGACCUUCAAGUACGGAGGAUGUCGAGGCAAUGACAAUCGUUGGGGAUUCCGACAAACUUGUGAGGAGGCUUGUAUCCCCAAAAAGUGAUUCAUUGAUGGCGGUCGAAAAAUACGAGAUUGUUUGCAAAUUGUAAAUGCUAAAUGAAAUUAUUUGUUGUUGUAUAUUAAAAUAAUUACUUGAAAUUGGUUUUUGCUAAUGCGAAAUAUAAACUUUUUAUAGUUAACUAAUUA